AUGGGUCGCUUCAGAGAUAUCGCCCUACUCCUCUUCGGCGUCCAGGCUGCUGGCGUCUUUGGUCAAAUCGACCCUGAGGUCGCAGAAGAGGUCGAAGACCCCUCAAAAUCCCCUGCAAUCGCUGUCACAGUUGAAGCCAGCUUCCCUAAUGCUGAGAUCUUUGGCAUCAAGCUGGUCAAUGGCAAGCAGACCGAGUCCAUCCUCUCCUUCACCAAUGAAGAGCCCGACCCAGUCACCAUUCAAUUUGUUGGUGGCAGCUUGUGGACUGCGGAUCCAGCUUCUCCUCCUCGCAUCGUUCGCAACUUGACCACCCACCAAUAUGCCGUCGAAAUCCCUCCUGGAGAGAAGCAGAGCUUGCCCUUUCGCUUCUCCACCAACAUGCACCCGCAAGAUCUACGAUUGAACUUAGCCGCCGUUGUGAGCUCUCAGAACUCCUUCUUCACGCUCCCAGCAUUCAACGGCACCGUUUCCAUCGUCGAACCAGACGCCAGCAUCUUCGACCCACAACUUCUGUUCCUCUAUUUCUUCCUCCUUGCAUGCGCCAUCGCCGUUGGAUAUUUCUUCUACACCAUCUGGAUUGUCCCAUACUUCCCCCAACAGAAGCGCAAGACUCCCGUUGGUAGCAGUAAGAAGACACCCCGCAAGGUCGACGCUGUUGUGGUCACCUCAGACAACGAAUCACCGGCUGUCGCCACUGGCGCCAAGGCCUACAACGAGGAGUGGAUUCCUAACCACCAUAUCCAGCGUCCCGAGGCCCGGAGAGUCAAGAGCAGUGGUCGCCCCAAAAGCCGCACCGGCAAGGCAGAGUAA